CAUGUUUCCAUUCACUUCCAACGCCCGUCCAACACCCGCCGAUACCAAACUCCAUCCGUCUUCCUCACUCCCGUCCCGCCUGUUCCUUGCCAUUGCUCGCAAGUUGAACAUCAACCUGGACGAACCUCUAUCGAUCCCGAAGCCGACCAGCUCUUUCAUUCGCAGUUCAGUCCCAGGAACAAAGCAAACCGUCGGAUUUGCAAAUUGUCCUAGAAAUCCUCGAUACAUUUGAGAUCACCACGGACAUAUGAGGACAUCAUGGAUGCCCCUAUCCAGCUCUCGCUUCCUCUACCGCGAUCCGUGGACACGCGCAUCUACAUUCAAUUGACAGCCAAGUCCAAAGCCGUUGUGCUCUUCCUCACGACUGCUUCGGCCGAAGAGGCUACAUCACCCACUCCAUUGGGGUCAUUUGUUUAUGCACUGCCCGAUAGAUACAACCCGACACAGCCUUUGUCAACUCCUCUUUGUACGGUUGAGCCGACGUUGGAGUUUACCACCCGACUGGCAAAGCUGAUCACAAGGAGGACGCAACUGCCUACCUAUGUGGGCAACUCGGUGAGCUUUGCCAGUGCCGGCCUUGGCGGGACUGUUGAAGAGGAGAUGGAAGCUUUCAAACAGGUAGCCGAGCUUGUCCUAUCCAAACUUGAGUUUGCCAACGCGACGCCCAAUGGAGUCCAGUCCUGAGCCUCGAACGUUGACAAAAGAACCCUUCCCAACUACAAUUUUUCUUUUUGCUACUGUUGAUGGGCACAAGUUGUUGCACACAAACACCUCGGCCUUUUGGCCAAGGGGAUUCCGGCAGUUCCCUUCUCAACGAAUUUCCGCAAACGCUUAGUUUGAGCUUGCCUAACCUACUCACCUUUUUUUGAACGUGCCACAAAGGCGUGUCGUUUCCCACGAAUCCAUGACCCAAGAAGGCCAUGGAACUGUCACUCGUGUUCGGUUACCUGCUUGAUACAUGUCGGGUAUUGGUAGCAAUAUGGAUUGGCACCAUAUCCCGACGGGGCAUGGCCGAAGGCGAUUAACCUUCAGAGAAUUGACGGAAAUGUUCUGAACCCCAAAGCCCUGGUUAUGAUGAGGCAAAGGGUGUUAUCUGCAGUUUCAUAUUUGGCACAUCAACAUGGCCGCGGGAUAGAUCGGCUCACAAAGCUGACCUGGCAGGUUUGGCAGAUCUCAGUCGUCUGUUACACAGCAACACUGUCGUGGACCUUCUGGCGACAUCCAAGUUCCAUGUGUCUGGUAGGUCUGAAAAGGACGACUGGUAUCCCGCCUGUGCUGGAUGGACAUCAUCCGGUCUGUACAGCAAGAAGGAGAGAAAGAGGUGACGAGGAAAACUCGCCAUCCAAUUCCCAAAUCAUAGAAAGCGGUCUAGAAACUCAGUUCCCACCAAGCAGGCUUUUAAACUAAAAUAGAGGCCACAUGCGAGAGAGGAUACCUUACCCUUACUGCCAUCCCAUCCUUACAACGCAUAAAAAACCUAGCUUUUCUUCAACCAAAUAUGACCCGAUAGGUAGGGUGGUUCACAAGCUGGGAAAUGGGACGAACCCAAAAGUAUCAAAGUCUCGG